AUGUCGAAAACGCCGGUGUAUUUCUUGAGUCAUGGGGGUCCGAAUAUCAUGUACGAUCAUCAGCACCCGGCGUACCACAAGCUGGGGGAGAUCGGACGGGAGAUCACGACGAAAGUGAAGCCGCGGGCGGUGGUGGUUUUCUCGGCCCAUUGGCAAGGGAAACGGGAUACGAUCCAGGUGAAUACGGCGGAGAUUACGGAGUUGAUCUAUGACUUUUACGGAUUUCCGAGCCAUUACUACAAGGAGAAAUAUCCGAAUGUUGGGAGUAAGGAGGUCGCGGAGAAGGUGCUUAGUGCGCUGGGUGAGGCGGGAAUCAAGGCUGAAGGGGUGAAGAGGGGGCUGGAUCAUGGCGUUUGGGCGAGCUUCAAGUGUGCCUUUGAGCCCGAGAAGAACCCGUUGAAUGUCCCUAUUGUGCAGGUCUCGCUGUUCGACACGGAAGACCCCGUUCAGCAUUACCGACUUGGCCAGGCGGUGUCGAAGCUUCGUGAGGAGAACAUCCUGAUCAUUGUCUCCGGGAUGGCAGUUCACAAUCUGCGGGACCUGCAGUUCUCUUUUGGUGACCCGCGGCCGCUGCCGUAUACCGCCAGCUUCGACGAGGCUCUGAAGGAUGCGGCCACCGCCAAGCCGGCGGAGAGGGAGCAGGCCUUGGUGGAUCUGCUGAAGCGGCCCGAUGCCCGCAAGGCGCACCCGACCUUUGACCAUUUGCUCCCCAUUCAUAUUGGAGCUGGUGCUGCCGGAGACGACAAGGGGAGGCGCUUGUGGACCCUGAAGGAAGGAAGUAUGAGCUGGGCGCAAUAUAGAUUCGGCGAGAUCGCCAACAAUACUAGUUCGCUGUAG